AUGGAGUGGGACUUCCCCGUGCCGCCGGUGGUCUUCGACGUGUCCAUCCCCAACUACAGCCAGCAGCACAACCCAAUCCCGGAGACCGGCCCCUUGCAACCACCCACCCCCGUGUUUCCCGACGACGACGAGCGGCCUCUCCUCGAGGAGCUGGACAUCGACCUGGGUUUGGUCUGGCGGAAGACGCUCUCGAUCCUCCACCCGCUACGCUCCACCGACCCGGCCCUCCACGCCGAGAACGCCGACCUCUCUGGCCCCUUCCUGUUCGUACUCUCCUUCGGCCUCUUCCAGCUCCUCGCUGGGAAGCUCCACUUCGGGGUCGCCCUCGGGUGGGUCACCGUCGCGUCCGUCUUCCUCUACUUCGUCUUCUCGAAGCUCUCGGCCGGACGCCGUGGCGAUGUCAACCUCUACAGGUGCCUCAGCCUCGUCGGGUACGGCAUGCUCCCCAUGGUCAUCUUCUCCGCGGUCUCCCUCUUCCUACCACGGGGCGGUCGGCUCAUCUUCGGCGUCGCCCUGGGGUUUGUGCUCUGGUCAACCAGGGUCUGCACCAGGCUGCUAGCAUCUGGCGCCGCCGAGGAGCAUAGGGGGCUCAUUGCCUACGCCUGCUGCCUCGUCUACAUGAUCUUCUCUCUGCUCGUCGUAUUUUGA